GUUGCUUUGUUAGAACAACCACAGAUGUAUCAUUUCAUGAGGUUGUGAGUGCACAUCCUACACCAACAUGGCAUCCGGUCUCUACUACACGGAUGGUGCAGGGAGCAUCCAAGACGAUGACUCCGAUGAAGAGCAGGAGAUUUUCUCGGUCAGCGGACGUAAUGGGGGACUUGCAUUCAGCCGGGCGGAUGCCAAGUCCCCUGGCUUUGGCGCGAUGGACGAUGACAUCGAAUUGAGCAUUGAUGCUCAGGAAGACAUCAAUGCCAUCUCAGAGCAGAACUCUAGACCGGCAAGAGACGGGCAGGAUCUCAGACGAGGCGCAGAUCCCCCCUCCUAUCAGACUGACAUCACAACCACCUCGAUACCCAGAGGGUCACAAGAGGGAGCGGACGAGAUAGAGGCAAUGGUGGACAAACUUUUAACCGUGAUCGGCUUGGGAAGGUUUCACCUGCUCUUGCUCUGUGUGUCUGGUUGUGGGCUUUUCUUUGCCUGUGUGCAGCUGGCGUUUGUGGGGUCUCUUAUGCCUGAUAUCGCCCGUGAUAUGUGUCUCAGCGAUUCGACAACUGGAUGGCUGAGAGGGUCGGUCUUCAUCGGAGUCAUCUUGGCCAGUGUCUUGUGGGGGUGUGCUGCCGACCUCGGCUCCAGACGUACAUCCCUCGGAGUAUGCCUUGCGAUUGCCGGUCUCUCGAUGGCAAUAGCAGCUGGCUUCGCCCAAAGCCGCGACGCACUCCUCGUGUUCCUCACCAUCGCUAGUAUUGGUACCGGUGGCGUCAUUUCCAUCCCCUUCGCGUACGUCUUCGAAUUCCUGCCCAGACGGACGGCGCAGAAGACGGCGUGUGCCCUGCUGGCCUUCACGGUCUUUGGAGCCAUGUUUGUUCCCCUGGUGACACCAGCCUUCACCUCGAGUGUUACAAGAAUGGUUUCCUCCGGAGAUUUUUCCCCAAGCACCUUCGCUGAUUGGCGCAUCUUCUGUAUGGUGUUAUCACUUCUGCCACUGUCCUCCGCGAUGCUACUGGCCGCAGCCAUUCUGCCAAGAAGUCCACAUAUUCUGCUAGAGAAAAGACUUUGGGCCAAUGCGAUCCAGACACUGGCAAAAGUUUACUCAUUCAACCACGGUGAAGCAGGAGUUGAAAUGUUCAAAGACAGAGCUAAUGGUUUGUACCGUCUGAAGCGGCAUAUCAGAGAUCGACAGCCGCCCGCCCCGAGCACUCACCUCCAGAGCUGCAUGAGACUAUUGAACACGGGUGUCAAGAAUGUGACGUCCAUCUUGGACAAGAAGACUUUGGUCAUGAUGGCGGGUGCCUUCUCCUUCGCAUUCGGUUACUGUGCGUGGACACUAUGGAUGACAGAUUUCAUCAUUGCGGAUGGACGCAGAUAUAACGCCAGCAUCGUCGCAAAUGCCACCUUCAGCGACACGACAUUCACGAAAUUACUGGAGAAGCAGAUAUUCAUCAACACAAGUUUUCAGAAUGUCACUUUCCUCGGCAUCCAUCUCCGCGACUUGUCGUACACGGGAUGCUCCUUCACCGAGUGCGUCUUCGAAAACGUGGCCAGCGAUGCGACGCUCUUCACCCGCUGUCUCUUCGUGAACACGCGCUUCCGUAACACGGACUUCCAGCCGCCACGCCAGUUCGUGGGUGGUACGGAGCUGGUGAAUUCCAGCCUAGCAGCACCGGGGGUUAGGGACCGUGGAUGUUCGGUGGAUGUGCCCUUCGCCCCGGACCGGGCUUACUGGCGGGUACUCUCCGGGCACUGUGGUGGUUUCUUGGGCCUCUUUCUGUCAGUUCUCGUUAGCCGAGUAAUUGAGACAUGGCGACUAUUCAUGUGUGGCGCCCUCAUCACAGCCGUGACAAUACUCUUCGGAUUCUUUCCGCUGACGGGCUGGACUGCGGCUGCGCACCUCUUCUGCCUCCAGUUUGGCGGGUUUAUGGCCUGGAGCGCCCUCACCGUCCAAGCAGCAAUGUCAUUCCCAACCAACAAAAGGGCGACUGGAUUGGCUAUACUAGUUUCUGCGGUUACAACGGGCGGUCUGCUAGGUUUUGUUGCCGUGGUGGCGCUGCCGAAGGUUGCUGACGUCAUCGUGACGGCAGUGGCUGUCCUAACCAGUGCAGCGUGUUCAUAUUUCUUCCAACGCCGUUCCCAAGACGAGAGACAGCAUUCAUAACUACAGUUGAGAAAGAAGUGUGGUCGAGUGUGAAUUAAAAUCACCUUCCCACGAUUGUUAAUUUUAACACUGGUAGAAGGAACGAUUUUCAGGAGUAUUUGGGCUGUACGUUACAAACUCUUUAAUUUCAAAUAAUAUCACAGAAAAGACUGUAGGUUUCUUUUAAUGAUGAUACAAAAUGACUUCUCCAACUGUAACACCCAAGUCCUAAUUUGUAGCUCCGUCCAAAUUCAGAUCUCUAUAACUAUAAGAAUAUUUACGCUGACAUGCCUACAUACUAGAUUCGAGGCAUAGGAAUGCAUGUCCUGUUAACUUUCUCUGGCCCCUGUAUGCGAUCGAGAGAAGCGGACGAUUUAAUCAUGUAAACAUGGGUUCAUCACUCCAAAAGGCGGCUCCGAUUCCUGAUCGGACCGGAAAGAUUCCGGAAACAAUGGCAAUCAGGAAUCUAGCAGACUUCUGCUGGGGGAAAAAUGCCCUAUGAAGACACAGGUCAGAGGUCAAUGUGGCCACUGAGUAUUUUGUACAUGUGCAUAUCAGGAUUCUUAUCAUUUCAUUACCUGACAUUAUGCAGUCAUGGCUUCCGGAAUGACACAACGUGGGUUCGCACUGAUUUGUAGCUCAAUUGUAGGUCACUGAUGCUGACUGAGGUUAGUACAAGCGUAAAAAAAACAUCGAUUGAUUUGACACUCGAAAUGCACAGUUUCAUCAACAAAACAGUUUCAUCGAAGAUGAAGGUCGAUCAAGUCAAGGUAAAUGUUGUUAAAUCGAUCAAAUUGCUGUAAUAAGUGCACGGUUAUGUCACUUGUAAAAACGUGUGAGUGUGUUUUUUUUUGCACCGUUAGUUGUUAUUUAUUCACCACGAUUAUAGACUGAUAUUUUUUCGGGCCGUUUAUACAUAUAAGACCUAAUACAAAACUCAGUCCUUUAGAAAUGUUUCUCUUUUUUUUCGGAAGACGAACUCUGAAUCUGUUUGCGACACCUAGAUGAAUGCUUUUAACGUUUGUAUGUACCAUAUUGCAGUAUCCAUGCGCAAUAAAUUAAAAGAG